GCGCGCGCUCGCCUCCUCCCAAAUCUCACCCAGCCCGCCCGUUCGCUCUCCAUUCACCCCCAUCGUCACGCCAUUCAACCUCACCCUGAAUCCUUGCCUAGCUCUGCUCGUCAGCCCGUCCUCCAACACAUCUUGGUCGUCGCCGCCCAUUCUCCACCAGACGCGCUGUUACUAGUCGCAUCCCGGACGAAGCAGGCAGCCCUCCGCUGCCUCAUCUCCGACGGCUUCGAUCCAGGCCACCUCUUCGACUCCCACCGGCCCUCCGCGGCAUCAGCUCCGACGGCUUCCAGGCCACCCCUUCGAUUCCAACCAGAAGUCCGCUUCCCCAGCUUCAACGGGCACCAGGACUCCACCAUGGCCCCCCAAUCCUAGUCCUCCGUCCAGCAACAUCCACAACCACAAGUGGCAGUACUACCCCAUCGAAGGCAAGAACUAUCAGGUUGGUGGUGCUGAACUAGGAGUAAUCAGUUGUGGUCCUGUGGUCUUGGUGUGCUUUUGGUCAGAUGCCGGGUUACUUCGAUAUCGAUGACAUCCUCAUGGAGGAUGAGCCUAUUUCUGUUGUUUUCCAUGUCACUGCAAAUGGUGUCGGCCUGCUAGAUCCUGGCGCUGAAAGUAACUGUGUAGAGAAGGGUGCCAAGGUAGAGCUCCCAUUUUGGCUUGCGCAUGGGCUGCUGUCUCUGGAACAAGCUGUGUCAAUAAAUCCACCUGCAUGCUUCACACAGAAAACUCGAAAAGAGAUCCAAGCUAAUGCAGCCUGUGUGGACUUGAGGGUUCGUUGCCCCUACUUUUAUGAGCUAGGGUGCAAGAUUGUUCCUUUGGUAGCGCUGACGAGCAUUGGCCUGUUCUUGCACUAUGCAUUCACCAGUCGGUACAAAGAGGUUCUAAGCAAGUCUCACAGUUCUUCCAUGAUGACAGUGCCCAAGUUUGUCCCACGCCUUACCAAAGAAGAAACUCGUGUUUUUGAAUCUGCUAGGGAAUCGAUGGCUGCUUUCAAGAAAUGGCGUGCUGGUGGUGUGAGGUUGCAUAAGGCAUCCAUCCUUGGCAGGAAGAGGAAGACAAAGCUACCUGAUGGGGCUUCUACUCCUUGAACCUACAGGUUUAAGGUCUCCAUGGAAUGGAGUACUUGAGCAGUCUACCUGAUAUGUUCAUGUAUGUUCACUAAUGGAGUGCUUGAGUAGUCUACCUGAUAUGUUCAUGUAUGUUCACUGAUUUGAGCUGUUAGUGUAAAGAAAGAGAAGGCUGGCAGCAAUUUAAUACUUCUCCUAUCACACAUUUGUCUUGCAUUCUGGUGCACCUUGGACGCGUGCAUCUCUUUAGUCAGACAGUACAGUUGACAGCAGCUGUGAUCUGUUCAUGCUUCGUAAGAAAAGUGAAUGCUGCUACAUCGCCAUCUCCUGUUGGAAUUUCAGGAGUUUGUUUGGAGGGAGCAAAUUUGUAGGAGUCUUAACGGGGUAUCUAGCAGGCUUUGCAGUUUCAAUUUU